AUGGGAAAAGAACAUCGUCUCGUCCCUGGGACAAGUAGCAGGGAGGCCAAAUCCAGGGGGAGGGCAGCAGGCGAGCAGCAGGCGAGGGGAGCACCUGGGCGGGCAGCAGAGGCGGGGAAGGUAGCAGAGGGAUCACUGGAGGAGAAGGGGAGGGGAGGGAGGGAUGAGGCAACAGCCCUGUUGGCGGCUCUUCAUCUGCCAGUUAAGUCACUCUUCCUCAUAUUCGUCCCUCACCUUUGCUUGCUACGCAUCGUUCAUACUCCUUGCUUUCUCUUUGCCCCUGAAACUUUCGCCACUGGUUUGGGCCAGCCUCACAAGCCACAGACUCUUCCCCUGACUCAGUGGCCCUUCCCCUCUAUCGCCCUGCCUGUGGAGGGGAGGGGCGGGGGUCAACACCGACGCUUCCUCACGCCCCUCCCCUGUGGCCGUGCAGGUACCUGUGGGGAUGGGAGGGAGGCAGCACUGACUCUCGUUGCCACAAGGGAGAGCAUCGGGGUGGGCUUGGCCCCUCAAGGUGUAGAUCAGUUGCAGGUAACCCCUUCAGGUGUAGUGGCCCCUCCCUGCUCUCACCUUGCAAACUCUCUUCUCGCUCUUGCACUCUCACCCUUCCUCCCCUCGCUGCCCACUGACCAGCUCUGCGUGUGUGCCUUGCAGGUGGAGGGGAGGGGGGGGGGUCAACACCGACGCUACCUCACGCCCCUUCCCUGUGGCCGUGUAGGUACCCGUGGGGAUGGGAGGGAGGCAGCACUGCCAGUCGCUGCCACAGGGGAGAGUAUUGGGGUGGGCUUGGCCUCGCAAGGUACGUCAGCCUCUCCUCUCUGCCCUCAUCCCUCUCCCUUUUAG